AUGGCCGGAGCCUACCUCGCCUCGCUCGGCAUCGAUCUCGAUGCUGAGAUGGCCAAGAUCCAAUUCGGCCAAGAGAAGCCUACCGCCCACGCCAUUGCCGGCACGGAUGCGACGGCACCGUCUUCAAAAACUCACCAGCCGCCGCCGCGCUACUCAGACGUCUUCGCCCCUAAGACUGUCUCAAGGAUCACUGCUGCCCGCCUUGCAGGCCAGCCGACCUCAGAUCUGUGGGAUAUUAGCAUCGCAGAUGGCCGCAUUUCAUCUAUAGAGAAGCACGACGCGCAUGCUCCCCGUCUCGGCCAUGUGCCCAGCGUGCUGCAUGCGCACGAGCGCCUGAUCGCCCCCUCUCUUUGUCACGCUCACAUUCACCUGGACAAGUGCUUCCUUCUGCAAGAUCCCAAAUACAGCGACCUUGAGAUCGUCGAGGGAAACUUUCAAGAAGCCAUGGACCUCACCAGCCAGGCCAAGUCGCGCUUCGAGGAAGAGGACCUCCUCCGCCGCGGACGGCAGCUGAUCCGGGAGAGCAUACAGCACGGAGUUACCGCAAUGCGUGCCUUCGUCGAGGUUGACGCCGAUGUCGAGUUCAGAUGCCUCAAUGCUGGGUUGCGGCUGAAGGAGGAGUUUGCCGACAAGUGCGACGUGCAGAUCUGCGCCUUUGCCCAGUUGCCGCUGUUCUCUGGGCUUGACGGUGGAGAGGUCGUCCGUAAAUUGAUGGCCGCUGCCGCCAAGACGCAUGGGGUGGACGUGCUGGGAAGCACGCCCUAUGUCGAGUCCGACGAGAUCAAGAUGAAAAUGAACGUUCGCUGGAUCAGCUCUCUUGCUCUCGCCCAGGACAAGUUCUUGGACUUCCAUAUGGACUACAACCUUGACAGAUCCACGAAGCCUUUCAUCUGGGCCGCUUUGGAGCUUCUCAAAGAAAGGUGCUGGGAAAGCAGGAAUGGAAAACUCAUCACUAUGGGCCAUUGCACCCGCCUCACGUACUUCCAGCCGGACGACUGGAGGAAGCUGAAAGAGGCCAUAGGCAACCUGCCUGUGUCUUUCGUGGGUCUUCCAACAAGUGACCUUUUUAUGAUGAGAACCGAGGAGAAUGUACGAGGCACUCUCAACGUGCCAAAGAUGAUCCGGGAGCACGGCUUGCAAGCCGCUAUCGCUGUCAACAACGUCGGCAACGCCUUCACGCCACAAGGGAACUGCGACCCGCUUGCAGUUGCCAGCAUGGGUGUUGGUGUUUACCAGGCUGCGACUAAGAAGGAUGCAGAAGUCUUAUAUGGAUGUGUCUCGAACAGAGCGAAAGCAGUCAUCGGGCUAGAGGCUUCAUCCCUGUCAUUGAAACCGGGCGAUCCUGCUGACUUGGUCAUUUUCGACGGCACUGAUGCUGGGUGGAGAAGCAGGAGGAGCGUGAUGGAUGCAGUGUACGAUCCUGGAAACAUAAGGACUACGAUAAAGGGUGGGCGCAUAACGACUGAUUGA